AUGACCAACACGCGUGGCGCAAGUAAAUUAAUACCACGGACGCUGAUUCGAAAUGUCCAGGCCGUCCUCCCACAGUCCAUUCGGCGUCCGCAAAAGAGCCAUCUCGCCGGCCUUCUGAUCGCCAUCUUCCUCACGCUGCGACUACGCCAGCGCAUCCACAAGAAAGUCACCAUGCCAGCCGCAUCCACCAAGGCACCCGCCUUUCCCGGCUUCAAACCCCUAUCCGAGCAGGUCUUUGUCCGGGAACCCGCAGGUGAUGCCGCCAUCAAGCCCGCGCCCGACCACCCCGACGUCGUGCUUGUCUAUGGCUGGGGCGACGGCAUCCCCAAGCACGUCGUCAAGUACGCAGACGGCUUCCAGACAGUCUAUCCCGCGGCCAAGCAAAUUGUCGUCCUCUCGCCCAUCAGCAAAGCCAUGUUCAGCACGCUCGCCGAGCGUUCGCUGCAGAUGGCGCCCGUGGUGCAGGAGCUCUUUCCCGACGGCGCCCACGUCGACGACAGCCGCCGUCGCAUUCUCGUCCACACCAUGUCCAACACGGGCGCGGUGAACUACGCCGCCACCAUCAACCGCUUCAAGGAUGUUUACAGCAGACCCUUCCCCCACACCCUCUUCAUCAUGGACUCAACACCCGGCAGCGUCGCCAUCACCUGGGAUAACCUGAAGCGCUGGUCGCGCGCCAUGUCGCUUGGUAUGGCCAAAUUCUUUCCCUGGCCUUUUGUCGUCACGCAAGGCAUCUUUCUCGUCUUCCUUUUUAUCAACAACCUUGUCGAGCAGGCGACCGGACGCGAGAGUGCGGGCGGGUGGAGCAGAAGGGCGUCCCUCAACAAGGAGUGGGAGGCCAUUGGCGCGCGGAAGCUGUACAUGUACAGCAAGGAGGACGACCUCAUCAACUAUGAGGACAUUGAGGUGCAUGCCGCCGAGGCGAAGCAGCUCGGAUGGAAGGUGGAUGUCGAGGUGUUUGAGGGCUCAGGUCAUGUUGGACACAUGAGGCUGCAUGCUGCGCAGUACUGGACAGCAAUCGCCGAGUCGUGGAAGAAGGCAGUGGCGGAUGGCGAGGCCUGA